AUGCCUUCACAAGAGAUCGGAGUUCCAAUCCCAAAUAUUCCACAUGCUGUUUCAGUUACAUUGCCAACUUGGGAGGCUACUAUAGGUUAUGAAGAAGGUGAAGAAUGGGUGACAUCUAAAAUGAAUUCUGGUUAUCCACGAUUUUUCAUUCAUUCAUCAAUACAACAAUUAUGUAAUAACUUAACCAAAAAAUAUGGUAGACCAAAUGAAAGAUGCUUAGUGUUUCCAAGUUAUAAAGUAGCUAAAAGAUGUAGAGAAUUUAUUCAAAAGUAUAGUGAUAAUAAAUCAUCCAUAAUUCGAGUGCUAAAAUUAUGUACCCCACCGCCAAUUACAGAAACUGAAAAAUCAACUAGAAUUGAAACUUCAAUUGGUGUUGUAUUCUUCCCAAGUAAUGAUUUUCCGUUGGCUAAAAAUUAUUGGCAACAUUCUGGUGAAGGUAUUAGUUCAAGAAUGAGUGAAUAUUUAUUAAAAGAAUUAGUUCAAAACGAAGAAGUUUCAAGUCGAAAAUUGGGUAAUUUAAAACAGGAAUUGCAAGUCAGAAAAAUUCAAAGUAAAUCUCCGUCAAUAAGAUCUAACUCAUCGUCAUCCCAACAUGGUGGAAAUGAAGAAGUCGAGAGAGAAUUUAAUACGUUUAUUGAACAAAAAUAUGGACGUGUUUUGGAUUUUAAAUUUGCAAAAGAUGCAAAAGAAAUUUUAAGAAGAAGAAUAUGUGGUAAAAUUGAUAAAUCUACAAAUUUACUAUCAGAGUUUGAGAAAAAUUCGAGAGGUAAAAUACUAGAUGAAGAUGAUGUAUAUUUAUUCCCUAGUGGUAUGUCAACAAUAUUCUAUGCACAUUAUGCGUUGUUGAAAAUUUUACCAAAUAAAAAAUCAGUUUGUUUUGGAUUUCCAUAUGUUGAUACUUUAAAUAUUUUAAGAAAAUUUGGUCCUGGUGUUGAAUUUUUAGGACUUGGUGAUGAUGAAUCUUUGAAAAAUUUACAAAAGGAAUUAGAACACGGUUUAGAAAUAAUUGCUUUGUUUUGUGAAUGUCCUUCAAAUCCUUUAUUAAAAACCCCCAAUUUGAAAAAGAUCAAAGAAUUGGGUGAUAAAUACAAUUUUGCUGUUGUUGUUGAUGAAACGGUUGGUAAUUUUUUAAAUAUUCAUGUUUUACCAUUUGCUGAUAUAAUAUGUUCUUCAUUGACGAAGGUAUUUAGUGGAGAUUCAAAUGUAUUAGCUGGUUCAUUGAUUUUAAACCCGGAUUCUAAAUAUUAUCCUAAAUUAAAAGAAUUUUUCAACCAAGAUUAUGAAGAUUUAUUUUGGGCAGAAGAUGCAUUAUGGCUAGAAAGAAAUUCAAGAGACUUUGUUGAAAGAGUCAAGAAAAUAGAUGAAACAUCAUUAAAAGUUGUUGAGUUGUUAAAAUCAAAUCCUAAAAUUGAUAAAAUAUAUUAUCCAAGUAUAAGUUCAACUAAGAAAUAUUAUGAUGAAAUAAAAUCAGAAGAUGGUGGAUAUGGUGGUUUAAUUUCGUUCUUAUUUAAGGAUCCUCAAGAUGGUAUCAACUUCUUCAAUCAAGUUAAUUUACAUAAGGGGCCAAGCUUAGGUACAAAUUUUACAUUAGCUUGUCCUUAUGCCAUAUUAGCGCAUUAUCAAGAAUUGGAUGAAAUUGAACAAUGGGACGUAGAUAGAAACUUAAUUAGAAUAAGUAUAGGAUUAGAAGAGCCAGAAGAAUUAUUAAAAGUUUUAAAAGAUUCAUUAGUAUAG